GCUCUCUCUCUCUCUCUCUUUCUCCCUCACUCUCCAGACCACAAAAGAAAGAAAUCAUUGAGUUUCUUCCUUUUUAUAAACACUCCCUCCCCUUCCAGUAGUCUCCAAAUAGGGGCACAGACUUUCAGGUUCUCAAACUUUGUGGGAAGAAGUGAGGCAGGCUGAUCAUAUGUGCUCCACUUCUCUACCUCUGAAUGGCAAAGCUCUGAACAUUUUGACCAGACACAUGGCUUAACGUUGUGACAUGGCAGAAGAUUCUGAUGAGGUCAGAGCUUUGCAACAGUGGUGAUUGUGUGGAAGAGCUCUGUCCAGCUUUGCGUGGCUCAAGAGGGACCUUACAUUUGUCAUCGCUUGGGUUCUCAUCCAUCACUCCGUCAAGUCCCGGGUCAUAGAGGUUUAAUCCCUCUUCUGGGUCAUGAUGAGGCUUCACUCUACUCUGGGCACUUGGCUAUUUACACUCCUAGUGAUGCCAGUCUACUGCCAGAGUGGUGAUGAUGGAGAGUGGGGAUCAGGUGACGUCUCUGGGACUGCGGUCACUGGCAAUUCCUCCGCUUCGGUCUUGCAUACAGUCGGGGAUGAGCCAGACAGGACCAGGCCUGUUUUUCACAGCCUGCCAGAGACAGAAGGCGGAGACUGUUAUGUCAACUUCCACACCAGCCAAGUCAUGUCAAGGCGAUUACGAGCUUUCAGAGAGGAAGUUGCUUAUCUAAAGGCUCUUCAGCAUGGGAACCAGGCAGUGAUAGAGAAUCUGGUCCAGUUUGUAGGAGCAGAAAUGGGAGAUCAGCGCUACGAGGAGGUGAUCCAAGAGAACAUUGUUGGAAUCAGGGAGGAUCACGUGAGCUGUGAGAGCGUGGUCACAAAAGCAGCGGAGGAGUUGGAGAGUCAGCUGGAGGGAGAUGCUCAAGCCACUUUGGCUGGAAUUCGGAAAAUAAAAGAGGAGUCCCUUGCCUUUGAAGAAAUGCUGCGUACCGCAACAGACAUCGCCACUCGACUGGAGAGCUCCUCACGAACCCUGCAUGUGGAGAUGAUCGAACAGCUGAGGAAGAACAUGAGACAGCGCCGCAAAAUUAAAUGACUCGGUGGGAAGCCAUCCAACCUGGAAAAACAGAUAAAAGUGUUAUAUGACAUGUCACGUCUCUAUUUAUCCACAAUGUAAAACAAUGUAACAGUAAAACAAUGUUGUCACCUUAAAUAGUCCCUAUGUGGACAAUUUGGUGGCAUUUUUUUAUAUUUUAUUUCCCUUGCCUACUAUGUGUUUGGAAAGAGCACUAUUGUCAGAGAAAGAACUGAAACUCAAACUAUAUUUUUCUCUCUUGUCCUAUGUUCAUUUGUGAGCCAUAAUGAAAAUAUAAUGGCUUUGUGUACAAUGAAACUGAAAAAAUGAUCUUGGCAGUGAGGUGACAUCUUAAAAGAAUAUUCUCUUUCCAAGUAGAGACAACCCCGCAGCUAUGGUCUGGCUGUCUUGGCGCUAGGGAGCAGAUGGUGAAAAGACUGUAUGAGGGUCUGGAAAUCAACAAGCAUGAACUCAUACAUUGGAGAGAGAGAGAGAGCAAGACGGAGAAAGAAAAAAAGAAGAAAAAAAAGGACAUGGCAGUGAUGUCACUGAGGAAUAAAGAAAAACGUGACUUGGCAGCUUGGAGCCAGAAUAUAAAGAAUCAAAAGAUGAAAGAAGAAAUCCGAAAUCUUUGCGACUGAAGAAUGUUAUUUUAAAUAUUUUGUGAGUACUCUAAUCAAUGAUUAAAAUGUAAGUAUGCUAUUAAAGUAUAAGUGUAUUAUUCUAGUCAGUUGUGU